AUCGCAUUUAUCUCCCAUACAUGCUCGGGUUUAUUUGUUGGCGUUGCUUGUUUGUUUUAUUCAAUUCACUUCGGUUCUUUUGCUAUUCAUUUUAUAUGGUUAGAAUUUAUGUAGCGAGCCUUUUCCGCCUCUCCUGAGCUUGUAGGAAAGAUGGUGUCUGAUAGAUGCUUUUCGCCUACUUCAGACGAUGCUGAUGAAUUGGUCGCGGAUCUCCUACAGCAGUUCUCCUCCGUCUCUGGCGGAGGAAUCGAGCCGGCUAUACAAAGCGUACUGUCAUCCCAUAAUCGGAUUUUGCGAACGCGCCAUGUGACCGCCACUUCGCCCGCCAAACCAACUGCUAUCACAUCUGCCUCUCCAUUUCCAGGACGGAGAACUGCUGCAGUUGUCGUCCCACCCCCACCGUCUGACGUUGACUUUGAUUUUCUGCCUGGUCAUUCAACGGCUAAGAAUGUUUUGAAACAGCGGCAAGUCAACGGGAGGACUCUUUAUAUGGUGGAGCUUCUGAGUUUGGAAAAGGAAUGGGUGCCACUUUCUAAAUUGAAGACUUUGGAUAACGGUACUAAAACUUUGCAACGUUUUGAAAAAUACGCCCCCCCUAAGGAAAAGACAUCAGAUCAGAUGCGCAAAUACCAAUCUGCCGUCCACUUAGACGGCACAUCUUCGUCAGAGGAAGAGGAUGAUGAUAUUAUUGUAGCUGGUCCCUCCAAAAGACGUCGUCGUGGUCGUCCGCCUGCGUCAACUAAGCGAUUUGAUAUCUCCGAUGAGGACGAAGAAGAUGAUGAAGACAACUCUGAUGAUCAGCUUGUCAAACGACGAUCUAAACGACAGGUCAAGUCGCACCAGAAUAAGAUGUCAACUUUCUGGUCUGGCCUCAGCUCUAGUGACGAUCUCAGUCGUUCGUCGUCGUCUUCGAAACGGCGUCGCUCGACAAGACAAUCUACUAGACGGAUUUCGGCGAGACUUCGCUAUGGGCAAUCAGAGAGUGAGAGCGAUGAGCCUCAACCCCGUCGCGGUGUGCGAUUCUCGACUAGGACGAAGAUAUCGAACAGAAGAAACCUCAGAGAGCGGCUCGAAGACGACAUUUCCGAAAACGAGCCGGCCGAAACGGAGAAGAAGUUUUUCGGCGCCAAGGAGAGGUUCUAUAAAUUGCCAUCUGAUGAUCCGUUCAGACUUCGCCACCGCCAAAUCUGCGAUACUUGCUCAGGGCAUGGAGAUGAUCGGGAGAAAGGUCCCCUCGUUUUCUGUCAAGGAUGCACAUAUGCGUAUCACAAAACCUGCUUGGGCCCCCGGGCGCAGCGAGAGCACCUCGUCUCAAAAGUCGGUCAUGAUCAAUUUGUCUUACAAUGCCGUCGCUGUAUUGGGGUUGCUCAAAAGAAAGAUUCCACUGCCCCCCAUCUAGGUCAUUGCUUCUCGUGUAAAGAAGAAGGUCUAGCUUCGCGACCAUUCCGAGAGCGCCUCAAUCCUCGCCAAGAACAACAGCAGCGUGAAAAUAACGAAGGACUGGACCCAAUCACCAAAGUCGAGCCAUCGCUCCUGGAUAAUGUCGAUAAUAUUCUAUUCCGUUGCAUUGAGUGUACUCGGGCUUUCCAUUUCCACCAUCUUCAGCCGAAACCUGAUCUAAAAGCGGAUGAUGUUGAGAUUGUGGAUGCAGAUGCCGAUCCAUCUGAAUCGGCAAUUGCCAACACGCGCUUUAAACAGUAUUCGCGAAGGUGGAGGUGCUACACUUGUAUCACUGCGCCCGAGGAAAUCGAGGCUCUGAUUGCCUGGAGACCUGUUGAUGCUGACAGCUACACGCCGGGAUUUUCGGUUGAUGUUUUGGAAGAGAAUGACAAAGAGUAUCUGAUUAAAUGGAAACGGACUUCUUACUACCGCACGACAUGGAUGGAGGGCUCUUGGGUUUGGGGUGUUGCAUCACCUCUAAUGCGAAAGGCGUUUUUCAAAUCUCCCAAAGGUACCAGACCCCAAAUGACCAUGGAAGAUGCUAUUCCGGAAGAUUUCUUAAGAAUCGACAUUGUUCUUGAUGUCAAAUAUACCAAUAUCGUCAGUACACAUUCGAUGGAGAUCGACAUGGCUAGGGUAAAAGACGUCAAAGAAGCCUAUGUCAAGUACAAAGGUUUACUCUAUGAAGACGCUGUCUGGGAAACGGUACCCUCACCAAAUGAUGGAGAGUGCUGGGAAGACUUCAGAGCAGCCUAUGAAGACUGGGUGUUGAAAGACUAUGUACGGGUUCCCAAGAAUCCAGCUCUGAAACAGCACCUUGCCACUGUCCGUGAACAAGACUUCCAAUCAACGCUCGUCAAAAAAGCCCAGCCGAAUUGUGUGGUUGGUGGCAAGAUAAUGGACUAUCAACUAGACGGACUCAAUUGGCUCUAUUACAUGUGGUAUAAACAACAGAAUGCCAUUCUUGCAGACGAAAUGGGUCUCGGAAAGACAAUCCAAAUAAUCUCCUUCCUCGCCACAUUGAUCGAAGAUCACCGCUGCUGGCCUUUCCUCGUCGUCGUCCCGAACUCCACGUGUCCAAAUUGGCGGAGAGAAGUCAAGAAAUGGACACCAACUUUGCGAGUCGUCACGUACUACGGAAGCGCUGUCGCGCGUCGAAUUGCCCACGAUUUCGAAAUGUUCCCCGAAAACGCUCGUGAUUUGAGAGCUCAUAUUGUCGUGACAUCCUAUGAAUCGAUGACGGAUGACAAGGCUCGGAGGGUAUUGGCAGGUAUACCAUGGGCUGGUCUUAUUGUCGAUGAAGGCCAGAGGUUGAAGAACGAUAAGAACCAACUGUAUGAUUCGCUCUCUCGAAUCAACUUCCCAUUCAAGGUGCUUCUUACGGGAACGCCGCUGCAGAAUAGCACGCGAGAGUUAUUCAAUCUCAUUCAGUUCUGCGAUCCAACCAGAAACGCAAAGGCUCUUGAGGAAGAAUAUGAGACAUUGACGAAGGAAAAUGUUCCUGAAUUGCAUGACCUGAUUCGUCCGUUUUUCCUUCGUCGUACAAAAGCACAGGUUCUUACGUUCCUACCGCCCAUGGCACAGAUCAUCGUUCCAGUGUCCAUGUCUGUUGUUCAGAAGAAGCUUUACAAAUCGAUUCUUGCCAAGAAUAGCAAACUGAUCAAGUCGAUAUUCCAGAGCAAUCAAGAACAGGCCAGCAAGCAAAAUGAGCGUCACAGUCUGAGCAAUAUCUUGAUGCAACUACGAAAAUGUCUGUGCCAUCCGUUUGUGUACAGCAGGCAAAUUGAAGAGCGCACAUCCGACCCGACUCUUUCGCAUAGAAAUCUUGUUGAAGCUUCAGGGAAACUGCAGCUUCUCGAGCACAUGCUACCAAAGUUAAAAGAGCGAGGUCAUCGUGUGCUUCUCUUCAGUCAGUUUUUGGACAAUCUAGAUGUCGUCGAAGAUUUCCUUGAUGGAUUGGGUCUCCUCUAUCUCCGUUUGGACGGUUCCAUGGGAGCCCACGAAAAGCAGAAACACAUCGACGCAUUCAACGAACCAAAUUCGGAAUACUUUGCAUUUCUUCUGUCGACGAGAUCUGGUGGUGUAGGAAUCAACUUGGCUACCGCAGAUACUGUCAUAAUCUUAGAUCCGGACUUCAACCCGCACCAAGACAUACAGGCACUUUCUCGCGCUCACCGCAUUGGUCAGCAGAAAAAGGUGCUUGUCUUUCAAAUCAUGACACGUGGGAGCGCAGAGGAGAAAAUCAUGCAGAUAGGCAAAAAGAAACUAGUCUUGGAUCACGUUCUGAUUGAACGAAUGGACGCCGAAGACGACGAAGGGGUCGAUCUAGAAUCAAUUCUUCGCCAUGGCGCCGAGGCUGUGUUCGACGACGACAACACGGGCGAUAUUCACUUCGAUUCGGAAUCUGUCGAGAAACUGCUCGAUCGUAGCCAAGCUGAAGACACUAAAGUGGGCAACGAUGCUUCUGCCGAAUCACAAUUCAGUUUCGCUCGCGUAUGGGCGAAUGAAAACGGAGCGUUGGAAGAUCGACUGAGUAAUUCGGAGGCCUCAACGCCGCCGAAUAAUAAUCUGUGGGAGAAGAUUCUCGCUGAACGCCAGAAGGCUGCGGACGAGGAGGCUCUUGCCAAUGCGCAGGCAUUGGGUCGAGGCAAACGGAAGCGAACUGCGGUGGAUUACACUGCUCAUGACAACAAGGAGCAAAGCCCACCGGCCAAGUCCAAACGAUCCAAGACACAGCAGGCUGAUAGUGACGCGGAGUUCAAGAGCAAGGGAGAUGAAAGCGAAGAUACUGAUCCGGAAGAGUUUACUCAGGUGAAGAAGGUUAAAGGUCGUCCAUUUAAACGCGUGGAUCCCACUAAACCCAGCUCGUUGGAUGGAAAUCUCGACGGUGCAUCGUCGCGUUACACAGAGCGUCUGCUUCCAUGUAUCGCGUGCGGUGCAAUGCAUCCUGUGGGCUACUGCCCUCUCAAACUAGCUGGCGUUGAACACUGCGGCCUCUGCGGACUCGCACACAUCGGCUACCAGCGCACCUGUCCACAUCUAAAUUCGGAAGAACAGAUCCUGGUACUACUCCAAGCCCUCAAGCAAAGCACCGAACCGAAAGCCCUCGUAGACCAAGCCCGCCACUAUCUGUACAUGGUCAAGGGCGAUCUCGUUAGUCGGCGGAAAAAGGCCGAAACUGCUGCAGCCGGACGCUUGCCUAAUUCAUCCUCUUCUGCGCCACAACCUCCAUCUUAUACCAUUAAUCGACCUCCUUACCAGUAUCUGGCACCACCACAACCAUCGGCUAGGAUUACUCCGAGCUCGUUCAUACAGUUUGGAAUAGGCCCACUUCCAUCGACUAUUUCGUCUAUACCGUCCACCAGGGCUCUGUCUGGUAUUCCAAGACCGCCGUAUCAGAAUAGCCUUUAUCAACCCGUUCCCACUGUGUACCAGCAAUCUCCCCAGCCUCCUGUGCAGAAUCAGAAUCGGAACCCUCCCCCAGCCACCUAGGUGUCACAUAUCUCUCCUUCUCGAUGAUAUUAUCCAUUCAGACCAACUGUGGCGCGAUCAGUUUGCUAGUCACGUUACCUUGACGCUAAAUUCUGUCAACAUGUCGAAACUUUUAGCGUGCAUUAACUUCAUCAGCUUUUUCCUUUUGCAUGAUAUGAACAGGCGUUUUAAAGACUCAUUUAUAAUGACACCCAGGUGCAUUGGAGUUAACUAAUAGGAGAAGACUUCAUUUCUACAUGGCAUGUGUUUGUAGGCGACCUUUUCUUUAUUAGGGGGUAUCGUAUAGUUUCGUUUAUCAGGCCUGGAACAAUCAAUUUUCGCACCAGUUAACUUCGAAUAAGCUGUGUGUGUUUCCACUAGACAAUUCAUAUCGUUCCC